AGUAACGUUAGACGAUAGCUAAGUUAAUGUUCGAAAGAUGGCUGUUUCUGCUUCGUGGACGUGGACAUGUAAAAGCGUUCGUAUAGUUUGCCUGGUUCUUCUCAUUAUCACCAUUCAAGUCCAUUGUGAAACUGUACAAGAUGAACUCCUUUUCGCACCUGGAGGACAACUAAAUAUGAAAAUGGGACAAGCAAAACCGCAAAGGUUUCUAUUGUACGAUGUGAAUCCAGGAGAAGGCUUCAAUCUGAGAAGAGAUGUUUACAUGAGAAUAGCAAACCUGGUCAAGAGGCUUCUAGAGAAAGACAACUGGGUUCUUGUUCUUCCACCCUGGGGCAGGCUCUACCAUUGGAAGUCAAGGAACAUGCAGCAAAUAAGGAUACCGUGGUCUACCUUCUUUGAUGUGGAGAGUUUGAAUCGCCAUGUUCCGGUCAUUGAGUUUGAAGAUUAUAUAAAGAUUACUGGGGAAGCAGCUAUUGAUGAGCAUGUGUACCUUCAGAGUUACAAGGAAGGUUGGACCGAUGGUAAAUGGGAAGAGAGGAUGCAUGAAAGAGAGUGCAAUGAUCAACCCACCUACCAAAAGAAUGGCGAAGGGAAAUACAGGGGCUGGUACUGGGGGUACUCGGAAGCCUAUGCAAGAAACUUCAGGUGUCUUUCAAUUCAGGGUGUUGCUGGCACCCUCGUCCCCUACCUCACAAAGAAUAUUACUGCUAGAUCAGUUAUGAUCGACAGAGCAGAAACUGCCCUGCAUGACACAUUUGGGAGGUCUCUAUAUUGGGAAGCAAGGCGAAGCUUGCGGUUUGCCAAGCAUCUUAGAGACAUCGGUGAUGAGUUCCGUAAAACAUACUUGGAUUCCACUGAUGCUAAAGAUAAAACACCCGUUUUAGAAGACUGGAGAGAAAUGAAGCCAACUCCAGGAAGCGCUGUAGGUGGUCCAUAUAUCGCCGUUCAUCUUCGGAGGCAAGAUUAUGCAAGGAGUAACAGGAAAGAAGUAGCAUCCUUACCUAAAGCAGCUACACAUAUUAAAAAGAAGUUGAAGGAACUAAAACUCAAGAAGGUCUUUAUAGCAACAGAUGCACCUGUUAGCGAAAUUGACCAGUUAAAAGUUCAUCUGAAGGGGUUUGAAGUAUAUAACUAUAUACCUCCCAGGACUGUUCAUGAUAAAUUCAUGGAUGGUGGUGUCGCUAUUAUAGACCAGUGGAUCUGUGCUCAUGCAAGAUAUUUCAUAGGCACUGGUCAAUCCACUUUUUCAUUCCGUAUCUACGAAGAGCGGCAGCUACUUGGGUUUGACACCAAGAUGACGUAUAAUAGAUUCUGUGGUGAUGGGGAACCAAAAGAUUGUGAACCCCCAUCGGUAUGGCCAGUCGUCUACUAAUCCAUCCACGAUGUACAUUAUUUAUUUGGCUGAAGAAAUUUUCAUCUUUAGAUUGGCAAUAAUAAUAUUUGUAUUUAAUGCUUAUUUAAUCUAAUGAGAUGCAGAAUGUUUGAAAGGAACCCUUGCCAGUAUAAUUGAAAAUUAGUAGUUUUGGACCUUUUAUUAUACUGCCAAAAUGAGCCUGUGCUUGGGUUGACAACAAGAUAAUUGAUUCUGUGUUGAGGCCUUUAAAAAAUGUUUGUUUUCCAUAACAGAGGGGGAAAAAAUAAGGGUUCGCCAUUUUUGUCUUGCCUGCAUAGCAGAGCAAGACUGUUGGUGCUGCUUUUCCAGUGGUGGUGGUGGCGUCGUCAACAAUGAAAUCUUAAUAACGAUUAAGUUUUUGAAAUAUGAGCAUAACUUACAAAGCAUAUGGACCUUUUGUUUUGAGAAUCAACAUUGAAACCUUAACUAACAUAAGUUUUAGAAAUGUCAUAACUUAAAAAAUAUAUACCUAUUUCAUGAAACUUGGACAUCUGGGUAAUGAGUAACACUUAUCAUCUUGCAUGACUUUCUGACCACAUGAUCUAGGUUAAAGGUUAUUUAGGGUCAAUGAAAUUUGACAAUGUCGUGGUAUUGAAAACAUACAAAGGUUAAGAUUUUGAAUUAUUAAGUUAAUUUUGCAAGUGUAAAACCUUCAAAUUAAGUACUGGCAAAUGUAUGAAUGUUCAAACGAACACAAACUCAUACAAUAACAAAAGUUCGAAGAAACAUUGUUAGAGGACCUUGCCAGUUGAUAGAAAAUGAUUUGAAAUUUUGAAAUUUUCAAUAUUUUGUAAAUUAUUAUGGAUGAUAAUUUCUGAUUUGAGUAUUCUGACACAAUGGAUAUUCAUCAAAAUGUUAACACAUUGUUUUUAAAAAAUUGCUGUUUUUACUUCAAAAUCUUGAGUAUUUUUAAUGGCUUAAGUGAAGUAUUAAAGCGACUUUUCAGUGACAAAUCAUGGGGAAAUCAAGGCUUAUCUCAGAACAGAUUCAAGUCUUCCACUCGGCUGCAUGCCUGGGGGUGUUAUGAAUAGACGCCUGCAUGUCUUGGAGGUCUGUAGGAGAGCAAUAGUUAGUAGACUAACCAACCAGAAGUAAACUUCCUGGUUUUACUUGAAACAUGUAACUUCUCAGAGGUUAUUUAUUUUGCUUAAGCAAUCAAGAGAUGUGCUAUGAGUCUAUGAAUUGGGAUUGUUGGAAACUGGAACUGUGAUGAUCCAAAGCAAAUAACCAUCACGAGUUCUGUCAAAUUCGUGCUGUCCGAACUUGAUUGCAUUAGUCCGACGGGCGCUCAUGACGGACGGAUAUAUUAUGCAAGUCAAUUGGCCAAAUUUCAUGUUGAUUCAAUUUCCCCAUGAUUUGUCAGUGGCUGGGCCCUUUAAACCAAAAUUUAUUGUGAAAUUAUAGAUUUUUGAGAAAUGAGUGUGCCUUAUGUGUGCUAUUAUCACAUCUCAGUAUUGUCUUCCAAGUGGAGGGAUAGUUUUAUAAAACUCCAUGUUCUAUCUAAUUCUCAAUGCUAACAUUACAAAGGUCUUAUUAAAAUCCUGAUUUUGAUGUCUGUUGUCUAUAAUAUUGUCUGUAAUGGAUGAAAAACACCCAGGAAGAAAAAAAAAUAUAUUUGUACCAGCAGUUUCAAGAUAUCUUGGACUGACAAAUCAUUUCAUUGACCUCCCAGGGAGAUUAAUUUUAACACAUGUAGAAUAUUGAAGAAAAUUGGGAAGGUGUUAUAACCAAUGCCUUUAAAUGAAGAUAAUGAUAAUUAUCUUCAUUGAUAAUUAUCUUCAUUUAAAGGCAGAGAAACAUAUCUUUCAUAUGUGAAUAAACAAAACAAAAUAGAGAUUUCAAUCUGGCACAAAUGUGAGAUAUGUCUGAAGUCAUUCAUUGUGGCACUGCAGGAGAAAGGGGAAUCUCUAAAUUUUUAUUGAAAAAAAUAAUUCUUUUCACCUGUAACCUAUCAAUAAAUUUCAAACAUAUAUUUGUACAACUCUGGUAAAGGAAACCCUAAUACUGUAUAAAAUU